AUGCUACAGCAAGUUUAUCAGAGCGAGGCGGUAGUGUCACUUUCAGCUAUUUGUGAAAGAACCGCCCGUACUGCUAUAGCUACUACUACCACUGCUGCUACAGCUAAUGCUCCAGCAAGUUUAUCAGAGCGAGGCGGAGAAGAAGGAGAAGGAGAAGGAGAAGGAGAAGGAGAAGGAGAAGGAGAAGGAGAAGGAGAAGGAAAAAAAAAAAAAAAAAAAAAAAAAAAAAAAAAAAAGGAGAAGGAGAAGGAGAAGGAGAAGGAGAAGGAGAAGGAGAAGGAGAAGGAGAAGGAGAAGGAGAAGGAGAAGGAGAAGGAGAAGGAGAAGGAGAAGGAGAAGGAGAAGGAGAAGGAGAAGGAGAAGGAGAAGGAGAAGGAGAAGGAGAAGGAGAAGGAGAAGGAGAAGGAGAAGGAGAAGGAGGAGGAGAAGGAGAAGGAGAAGGAGAAGGAGAAGGAGAAGGAGAAGGAGAAGGAGAAGGAGAAGGAGAAGGAGAAGGAGAAGGAGAAGGAGAAGGAGGAGGAGAAGGAGAAGGAGAAGGAGGAGGAGAAGGAGAAGGAACACUUUUUGAUUCGUUAUGCUAAUCAUUCAUUCAACCAGAAAUUGCUAAUGAUGCAUCAGGGAUUGUUAUAUUGA